CACCUCAAACUACAACAAUAAACAUUACUAGAAAUAUUCGAAUAUGUACCUGCUGCUACAACUAUUCCCGAAGCAAGCCUCGCGACGGUAUCCCAUAAUCUCCACGUUUCCGGGGAGACGUUGCCAUGACGACUGGCUGCAAACAUUAGUUACGCCGUGGCGACGUUGGCAGUUCUUUAAAAGCCUCGUCGUCCGGUUUUUGUAUAGUAGGAGGAGAUUUAAAACACAACACAUUUGUUUAAAAGGAAGAAAUAGUUUAACCGUUAAAUUGAAACGAGAUGGUAUAGAUUAUUAUAUAUCUACUACAGUAAUACAUGACACGGUUAGCUAACGUUAACAGUCAUUAGCAUUCGCUAACGACACCACGCUAGAGUCAAAGCGUUAAACUGCUUAAAAAAAUCUCACAUUUUUUAUUUUAAUGCUGAUUACUGUCCAUUAACAACGCAAAAGGCUCAACCGCUUCAGAAAUGACGUCAGUUUGUAGCAGUGCAGGAAAAUUAAGAAAGAAAUCCGCGGUGUUACAACUGACCAGUGCGGCACAGCUUCCUGCGCACACCAAUUGCCUUUCGUGUUCAGACGACGACAAAUACCUCACCAUAGGUCACGCCAGGGGCCUGUCUGUGUGGUGUUCGAGUACACUGACCUGUGAGGCCACGUGGCAGCAGGACAAGCUAGAGAUUACGUCUGUUCACAUGGUCACCACCUGUGAGACCUCCUAUUUGCUGGCCAGUAUUGAUGAUAUGGGUGUUGCCAGAGUCUUUUUGUAUAACUUAGAAUCUAUUUAUCUCUUCAGUGUUAUUAACACAUUGGACGAUAUCAACAAAAGGAGCAUUUGCUUGAACUUUGACAUAUCUGAAGGAGGCAACUAUGGAGCUAUAACAAUGAACUGUAACAGUGAUAUUUGGCUGGAUAUUUAUUUAUUUCCUGUCGAGGACUGGCUGAGAGAGCUCAAGGAUCCCAAAAUCUCUGCAAAUAUGAAAUGGUCUCCAGCUGCUCGGGUGAAUAAAAUUAUUCCUACUGCAGCAAACAUGGCAGAUUCCUCCGACUUGUUGACUCACUGUUUAAUCCUAGAUGAGACAAACGAGCCACCCAGACAUUGCACUUAUCACUUUCUCAUGAAAUGUGGUCCUUGUCAUGGCGAGAAUAAACCAACGCCAGCAGGAUGUCCAGUCAUUGUCUGUUUUUGGUGGAACGGAAGCUACAAUCUUCUUUACCACACGCUGUCCAAAACACCAAAGUCCAAACAAGAUCCAGAACCUCAGCCGUCUGUGCUGUGGCCCAAUGCAGCAGAAAUCCUGUGCUCCGCCGUCAGUAGGUGCACUCGUUUCAUUGUGCUCGGCCUCAGCAACACUCUGGUGUGUGUCUGGGACAGGCUCGUUGGCGCUCCAUUGUCUGUCUGUACGCUCUCAACAGACAGCGCUUUUCUCAGGCUGCAGUUUGUGGAAUACUGGCCUGCAUGCACUGAUAUUACCCAGACCUUAACCGCAGGUGAAAUCCAUCUUAUGGUGGUUUGCAAGAGUGGAGCUUUGUAUGUUAUGAACACGAGGCGAGGAGCAGCAGCUGUCACAUUGCAGCUCUCACAAAGGCCACAAGACAGUCGUGACAUGCUGACUGUUACUGCAUCAGUGGCAUUCCUGAAGGGCUUGGUGCUUGUGGUGCAUCGUAAUGGGAAAAUGUUCCUGCAAGAUGCCGUCAACAAAGCCAUAGUAUGCGCCUUGAUUCCUCCCACUGGUCAUCUGUUGGCUACCCCCUGCAAUCCUGUUUACACUCUGAACGACAAGCAGCACAUUCUGUUCAUGCUAGGUGACAAGGAACCCACCGGUUGUUCUUCCUCCUUAAAACACAAAAGGCAAAGACAACUCCUCGUCCUACGUUUCGACGAGCAUGACGUCAUUGAGCCAUAUGUUGUUUCACAUCUACAAUUUCCAUGGCAACAAAAAACAAGCGUCACUGGGGAGGACGCUUGCAACAUGUACCUCCAGAAAAGAGCUCUAUCACUGGAUGAAAGGCACAAAGCUUUAACAGAGACAUGGAAGCGACUGCAGGCGACGACGGGCGCUGAUGUAAAAACAUAAAAGAACUGCUCAUCAUUGAUACGGUACUCAGUGGUGGUAUUGUAAUGAGGUUGCAAAGGAAGAGAAUGAAGCUUGAAAAAGCUUAAAUUCCAAUGGACUGGAUGUGACGUGUACACAGAGAUGAAUACAUUAUUAUUCUAACACAGCUCAUUGUAUCAUUCCCCAUACUGGGAUCUGAUAUUGAUUUUUAAUUUGUUCCCCAAGGCCUCAUUUGAAUUGUGAGCGGUGUAGUUAUUGCCAAAGAACGACAAGUGAGAGUCUUAUGAAAGACCUUCUUGGCACCUUCAGCAAAAGUGUUUACUGCGUCCUUCAUUUCCGUACAUUUUAUACCGGUGGCGUGACUACACUUCCUAAUAGCGCCUUGUCCAAGUGAUUCAAAUUCUUGCAGAUCACCCAAUCAGAUUUAUUUAUUGAUAUUUGCAUGCUAUGUGAGGAUUGUAUUGACAUGCAUUUCUUGUGUUACCAUUUUUCUAACCUCAGGCUCACACUGAAUCCGUUGUGGCUCUGUUGUGGGCGCCGGAAGCAUUGAAAUCUCUGUUGUCGGCUCAAACUAACUUCGUCUCCGGCGGUCGUACGGCACAACAGAAAGAAUCAGUUUGAGUCUGACUUUUUUUCUGACGCCGUUGACACCGGAGCAGUCUCUGGUCAAGCUGUAUGUUUCCACAGCCGGAGCGGAGCUUGAUGCUGUGUCUACCGGAGUAGGUGUGAGCCGGACUCCAUCAGUACCGGCGCCGCAACAGAUUCAGUUUGAGCCCGGGAUAACGCUACUUCUGUCAACAAGGCGCCUGGAGAUCUCACAGAAGAUCCUGGUGUAGCAUGUGAUCAUGAUGGCCAGCGGCAGCAGGAAAAGGCACGAGAAGCUGACUGCAGCCAGUGAGCUCACCUGAGGGACAGACAGCAAGAUGCUCAUGGUCCACGCCGCCACUAGCAUGCACCUGUUCCUCUUCCUGGCUUCGUUGAUGGCCAGGGGGUUCAGGAUGGCCGACUGGCGGUCCAGACUGAUAACCACAGUGACGAAGGCGCCAGAGUACAUGGCUUGGAGCUUGAGGAACAUCAGCGCCCGGCAGACGACAUCUCCUGCCAGCCAUUGUACCGUAAUGUUCCACACGGCGUCCACCGGCAUCACGAUGAAGGUCACCAGCAGAUCGGCCAGCGUCAGGUUGAUGAUCAGCACCCUGACGUGGGACUUCCGUUUCCCGUCGACGUAGGCCGCACGCAGCACGGCCAGGUUGCAGAAAGCCGACACGCCGCACAGGAUGAAGGUGAUGAUCACCCGGACUUUGGCGGCCGUGGUGAAGGUGGGCAACUGCAGGUUGUUGUCCAGGCACGUCAAGGAGGAGACAUUACAGCUGGCGUUGCCUGGCUGAAGGUCUGCGCUCGGUUGACGCAUGCUAGUAGCCAUUUUCCUGAGAAGAUGACAUUCUGCUCAAUCAGCGUGAAGGUCAGUUCUGGUCACACAAAGAGAAACAUCAAAAACAUCCAUGAGUCACAAGCGUUGCACGGGCUGCAAAUCAUCUCUUGUCAUGUCAGUGCAUUUCACAAAUGUUCAUAAUGUUCAUAAACAGAAUGAUUUCAUAGUUACAGCAUAUAAAAAACCUCUUUAUGACUCUCUAAAUAUAAUUUUUACCAUUAUUAGAGCCCUCUACACAUGUAAUAACACCCCUAUAGUCACAUUUUCACUCAUAUUACCCAAAAUAGAAGAUAUAAUCAGAGGGUAUAAGAUAUUUAAAACAUAAAUAAUGUAGUGAAGCCUACAUUUUAUAUUAUUUUUUUAUUAUUUUUUUUCAAAUAAGGCUGAAAAUGUUUGUAUAUAGUUCAUUCAUUCAUUUUCUACCGCUUUUCCUCACGAGGGUCGCGGGGGUGCUGGAGCCUAUCCCAGCUGUCUUCGGGUGAGAGGCCGGGUACACCGUGGACUGGUCGCCAGCCAAUCACAGGGCACAUAUAGACAAACAACCAUUCACACUCACAUUCAUACCUAUGGACAAUUUGGAGUCGCUAAUUAACCUAGCAUGUUUUUGGAAUGUGGGAGGAAACCGGAGUACCCGGAGAAAACCCACUGCCAUCUCCACACAGAGAUGGCCGAGGGUGGAAUUGAACCCUGGUCUCCUAGCUGUGAGGUCUGCGCGCUAACCACUCGACCUCCGUGCCGCCCGUUUGUAUAUAUAGUGUGUUUUAAAAUGAUCACGCUCACACAUAUGCUUCUAGUUUUUACAAGACCCCUGUUAGGACCCCUAUAUGUCAUGUAUUUGAUCUGAUUGGCUGGCUCUCAGAGACGAUUGAUUGAUUCAGCCUUAAUUUCCCGCAAGUGUAUACGUGAUUUUACAAACGUCAAAUCUAUUUGCACUGAAUUUUAAAAAAUUUUAAAACAACAUCCAUCCAUUUUCUAUACCGCUUGUCCUCACUGGGGUCGUUUACGAAUUGUAUUCAACUAAAUUUUCAGCAGAAAAAAAAAUGUCAUUACAUUACAUAAAUUCAGUCUGUACAACAAGCUUGACUAAUAAUAACUUAGCCUUCAUGGGGUGUUCAUAAACAGGGACACAUGCUGUUACUAACUUCUGCAUAAUAGGGGACCUUUUAAGUGCUAUGAUCUUGCAGCGCUGUCAUGACAUCAUUGCAUCCUGCGUCCAUGCUGUUCUUGCACAAAAAGGCCAGUGUUGUCGAGUGUAGUUGUGCUAAUUGCAAACUUAUGCCUCAUUUCAUGCACAAGCAUGUUAUCCGCAUAAUCAGCCACGCGAUUAUUCAUCUUUGAAUGGGGUCUAAAUGAUACUAUAAAUAUGUUUUAAUGAUAUAAUAGUAUUAGCAUUCAAAGCCAAAGACACAUCAAAUCACGCCAUUGCUCUUGUGAGACCUCAGUUAUCAGCAAAAUCUGGACUAAAACCAAAUUAGCUUAAUAAAAGCGCUUUAGGAAUCAAAUACAAUAUAUAAUGUACAUACGUAUAAUUUGAACAAAUGCAAAUUAUAAUUAAAUAAUAUGUUGAUCAUAAUUUUAAUGUAAUAAAAUGUAUUAAAUAUAAUUCUAAUUUAAGUGACAUCACAUGUAAUGUAUGUGAUAUACAGUAAAUUAUCAAUAUACCAGCAGGAAUGACUUUCUGACUAAACACAGGAUGGGAUUCAAUUUAUUAUCAUUACACAUGUACAGGGUAACGAAUCUGAAAUAUACUCUCAAUUACUACAUAUGUAUACUUGACAAAAUGGACAUCAACUUCUUGCUAUGUAUAAUGACACACACAAGGGACUUCGAUUUCCUAUUAUUAUUUAUUUAAAUUAUUUAAAUUAUUUGGGCAAUUUACUGUUCACGCUGCACUUUACAUUAUGUUGUUCAUAUUUGGUGUCUAUUCUAUCUAUUUAUUCUCCACAUUAUUAUUAUUAUUUAUUAUUACUUAUCU